AUGGAUUUCCCCCGCCCCGUGCCCAGGUCCAUCUACACCUCGCCCAUCAAGGCCCUGUCCAACCAGAAAUUUCGGGAUUUUCGGGAAACCUUCGGCGACGUGGGGCUGCUGACGGGGGACGUGCAGCUGCGCCCCGAGGCCGCCUGCCUGGUCAUGACCACCGAGAUCCUCAGGUCGAUGCUGUACAACGGGUGCGACGCCAUCCGGGAUCUGGAGUGGGUGAUCUUCGAUGAGGUGCACUACGUCAAUGACGAUGAGGUGGGGGUCUGA